GGAAUACAAGUAUUUCAUGCCUGACUUAUGGUUGUCACAUAACUCAUAUAUGUUGUAUGGCUUUCUUUUUAUUAUGAAAUCUCAAUAGGCUAAACAUCACACUUUCAACAUUCUUCUUAAAUAAAAAGUAUGAACCUGACUUACAUGUUUGUCUCUUGCAUACACGAGGUCUAUAGGUGAUCAUAGAAGAUGGACAACAAACACAAAGAAUUGCUGAGACGUCAUCGCCUGAAGCUGUGUGCUGAGGGGCUGGCCGAGGGUCUUGUUCCCGAAUAUCUUCUUCAAGAAGGAAUUAUCACUAAUAACCAUUUAGAGGAGAUACGUGCACAAGACACAAGCCAGAGGAGAACAAUGAAGCUUUUAGAUAUUUUACCAACCCGUGGACCUCAAGCUUUUGAUGUUUUUCUUAAUUCUUUAUCAGCAGAGUUUCCAUGGGUAAAAGAAGAAAUAGAAAGACUUUGCAAGGAACAUUGUGAUGUGUUUCCAAGGGAAACAAAUCUUGAAUUGCCGAAUAGUAUCCGCAACAGCUGUCCAACUGACAAGCAACUAAACAUCCUUGCUGCCAAAUUAGGACCAGAGUGGGAGCAAAUACUAAUUACUUUGGGGUUGGAACAAAAUCAGCUAUACAGGUGUAAAAGUAACCAUCCCUACAAUGUUCACGGACAAGUGAUGGAAGCAUUAGUCAAGUGGAAGCAACAGAUGGGAAGCAAAGCCACUAUGCAGUGUCUUUGGGAAGCUCUAAAACAGGCUGAGGUGGAUCCCUCAGUGAUACAACACUUGUUUCAGUGAUACAAUCUUUAGAGAUUGCUGGAAAGGAUACAUCAUUUUUUAAUGAAAAUAGUUGGGAGAUGAAUGUUGACCACUUUAAAGGAACACUGCAGUCAGGGGAAGUGGUAUGGGGGGACUCCAAUCACCAUAACAACUACAGAUCACCAUAGUGGCUAUGGUGCCUGGAGUGGCUUGUAAGUAAUCAAACUGGUUUUCAAAAAUAUUGACUUUUUAACUGGGGUUCUCUAAUUGGUAGUCCCUACCUCUAUAAAUGACAACCGAGAGCAAGAAACUCUCUUGCCGUGCUGGGCUUAGCUCAUUAGCUGAUAAAAAUUAGCUGACACUGUCAACCAAUGAACAUGGCCUGCACUGUAUGGCCCAUGUCAGGAGAGCUAGUGGAAGGUCCUGCAUUGGAACUUCUGGCUUUCAGUAGUGGAGGCAGGGAGCAGCGCCCAUGGUACCCCGGGUAAGAAGCCCUUCUUGGUUGCUCCGUUGUGCUGGUGACCUUCUGUCUGCUGCUCGCACCCUUACUGCUAAGUCAAGCUUGCUUCAAUUCUGCUACGUCCCACACUGUUGCGUGGUUGCUAUCCCCAUGAUACUACGCUUCCUACUGUGUUUUAUACCCCCAUCUCCACUAGAUUGUAGGAUCUUUUGAACAAUGUCCACACCAACCUAUUGUUCUUGUCUCAUUUCUUGUUAAAUUCCCCCUUUAUAAUAUUAUAAAGCACUGUAGAAUAAGUUGGUACUAUAUAAAUUCCAAUAAUAAUAAUAAUGUGAACUUGCCACCUAACUUUAUAUUACAUCAAUCAAAAACACUAGACAGAACUGAGAAAAAAAUAAAUUAGUUUGCAAGGUAAAAAUUAAACUAUCUUGCAAAGUUACCUCAACUAUAUGAUAAAAAGGAAAUCACAAUCAGUAUGUAUUUAUGGGUGUACACAUUUUGGAAU